AUGACGGUCUCCAUAUUGGAGUUUUGUGAAUAUCAAGAAGAAGGUCAUUGUGGGUAUUGUAAACAGGAAGCAAAGGAAAGCUCAGGAGUCUGGGCCCAUAAGUUCACUCCAUCAGCUUAUCUCAAUUUUAUGAAUUGCGGCUGGAGAAGAUCCGGUUCAUAUGUUUAUAAGCCUAAUAUGGCCCAAACUUGCUGCCCGCAGUAUACUAUAAGACUAGACUCCGGGAAAUUUUAUCUGACUAAAAGCCAGAAGAAAGUAUUAAAACGCAUGAAUGAUUUUCUCAAAAGCGAUGUUCGUCCUAAAGAAGGUCGUAUAAGAGAAGAAGCAUCCGUACAGGCAGUUCUUUCUGAGGAAAAAGAAUCAAAACAUAAAACAGAAAAGAGAACCAAACCUUCAGGAGAUAUCAGGAAGAAGAAAGAGAUAAGGAAAGAGCGAUGCUAUAAGAAAUGGACCGAAAAAGGAUUAGAUAUUUCUGAAAUGAAAUCCAAGCGGGUUCAGAAGGAGGAAAGUAGGCGUUCCACUCUUAAGUCGCUGAUAGAUUGUGCGGAAGAUAGUUGGAAACAUAGACUAGAGGUUGUUCUUGUGAAACCCAAAGCCAGCUUAGAACUCCUUCGGCGGCAAGAAUGCUUCCAACUUUUCAAAAAAUAUCAAGAAACUAUACACAAAGAUACUGACAAUACUAUUGCCUCUUAUGAGAGGUUUCUUAUUCAAACUCCUCUAGUUGAUGAUUUGACUGUUCCUGUUGAUGAGAAAAAGCCAGCGUAUGGUUCUUACCACCAAUGGUAUAUUCUCGACAACAAAAUCAUAGCUGUGGGUGUUGUAGACAUUCUACCUCAUUGCCUUUCAUCCAAAUAUGUCUAUUACGAUCCCGAUUAUCUUUUCUUGAACCUGGGAACUUAUACAGCCCUGAGAGAGAUUUAUUAUACCCAGCUGUUAUCUGAAACGAGAGCAGAACUCAAAUAUUACUAUAUGGGAUAUUACAUCCAUAGUUGUCCGAAAAUGAGAUACAAAGGGAAAUACCAUCCUAGUGAACUUCUGUGUGACAACAGCUUCAAAUGGUUUCCUCUAACAGAGUGUGUGAGGAAAAUAGCCGCAAACGACGGGAAGUUCGUUAACUUCGAUGAUAAUACAGCACAGCGAUUGGAUACCAACGAUUUGUUGGUUUACAUCCAAGGCUCUCUCAUCCGGUAUGGUAACUUAGAGCCUCUCAUCACACGACGAGGAGUCGGUGACACCACAGAUAUACGUCAAACGUUAGACAGAAUAGCGAAAUUAUUAUCACCAGAGUGCCAGGAGGUCGCUUUUUAUGUUUCGAAAAUUGUGGAAUUAUUUGAAUAA